CAUUUCUGUCAUUAUGUGCCAGGCAUCCUCAGAUUUGCAAAGUACCAUAUACAAUGCAAUGUGAAAACCUUCCAGCUGACGAUUAUUUAUCUUGACAUCUGAAUUUUUCCACCGUAUAAUAUCUGCUUUAAUAACUGCCAUGAACGUCAUUUGUUAUGUUGUAUGGCAUCUAGGGCACAUUAACACAACCUCUGUUAGCCAACAAUUCAGCAUCUCAGGGUAAAAAAGGCACAAACAUAUCUGAGAACAUCCCUAGCUGGAAAUCCAGUAGUGAUCCGAGUAUAAAAUAAAGGGAAGAGCUUUCUCCUCGUGCCUGGGGUUCAGACUAAUAAAAAGAGACUAGAUAACUGAAAUGGAAUAGGAGGAAGAAAAAACAGCCUGGGCGACCUUUAGUAAGCGCAAUACCAUCAGUGAACAUACAUUUAAUGAUGUUUCUUCUUACAUGUAAACCUAAGUGACACAGAAACCAAGGACUACAGCACUUUCAAGACUACUAAAAUUAAUGAAUUUCGAACGCAAAAUGCCAUUCUUUGGUUGGAUGAAAUGGCCAACAAAGGAGUCUGAUAAAGUUACACAAUAUACUGGAUCAGACGGUGUAACAAAAACAUUAUUAAGGGAACUUCAAUGGCACCUAGGAGAGCGUGAGAGAUUACUGCACGAAAUUGAAAAUGAACAGAAAAUCCAAAAAACAGUAGUGGAAUACAACUGGCUGAGAAAUGACCAAUGCAUAAAAGCAAGCAUCCCGGUUACAGAACAAAAGCAGCUUGAGAUUCUGUGCUCUCAGAUUCAGCCAUGUCACACAGGCACCGUGCUUAGCAGGUUUCGAGAGGUCCUGGCAGAAAACAAUGUGCUGCCUUGGGAAAUAGUUUACAUAUUCAAACAAGUUUUAAAGGAUUUUCUGAGUUCGAUGGAUAAGGAAAAACACCAGGUGAAGAUUAUGGACAUGUGGAACUCAAAUUGUUCAGUCAACUUCUUGCCUGGAGAGAAUCCCACUGUUUCGCACAAGGAGGAAAUCCCAACAGUGUCCAGUUAUGUUGAUAGAAACACACAGAGUUUAUUCCCCAUUUUUACUCACAGAAUCUGGAACCUGCCCUAUUAUUAUCCAUCCAACUAAAGACUUGUUUUCCUCAACAUAAAUCCCCCUAACGUGGCUGCUGUUCUUCUAAAAUUCGGAAGCUCUACAAAUUCUAUUAUCUGCCCAAUAAGAACAUCAUCUAAAAGGCUGAUGAUUUGGAUGUAGGUAAACAGGUAUAGAAUAUACUUAUUUUAUGCUAAUGUAAAUUUGUUAACUAUACAAAUUGCAUUAAAUCACAGACAGGAAAUUAAUUUUCCUAGACACAGAACUAUUAGCAGAACUAUUGCUUAGAAUAUUAGUUUCUAGGUAACGGGGCUGGCCACCCUAGAGAAGCCAAAUUCUAUGAACGUUUGAAUACCUGGGUGCAAUCUGACUGCAAAAUGGGGCCUAUCUAGAGUAUCAUACAAAAUCAUUACUAUUACAGAACAUUGCUGGAAAUCAAUCCAGAUAUAUUUUAAAUAAUUUUUAUAUGGCAGUGGAAGGGCAAUACAAAAGUAUAUGUAAAUAAAGAAUGGUCAAUAUACAGCUAAAUUAUUUUCAGGAAAGUGACUAGUGAUGGGCAAAAUUGAUAUCAAGGUUUCGCUGCAAAAAAAAUAACCAGACACACUGAUGUACAGUUGAAAAACAAAUGCAUGGUUUAGAAAAAGUUACAAAACAUUAAUAUGUUUUGCAAAUUUUUCAGUUUCAAAAAAUUUUGGCAAUGCAGAACAGGACAGAUUCGCCCAUCACUAUACUUAACAUUAUUUUGAGAAAAAAUAGUUAUGGAUUUUUUACCUUCAUCCACCCCCACUAUUAACAACAGAUUCUGUAUGAGUUCCUACUUUACUUCAGUGUUACCCAUGUCCGAGCAUAAUAAAUAUGGCAGCAUGGUGGUAGUGUAAAUGGGAUGGUGUUAAUGGGAUGGAGGUAACUUCUAAAACAUGUUCUGAGUGACAAACAAAGAAAGUAGGCUAAAUUGAAUGAAACUAUUCUGUAGAUAAAUGUUUUGCAGUUUUUUACAUGUAAUAGUAUUUUUUCCCCCUGUACAAGUAUUUGUAAUUAAAAUAAGCAUAUAAUUAGCACGA